AUGGCGGGAUUGGAGGAGUUGGAGAUCCAUAGCAAGUCCUAUCUUGUUCGCUGGAUCCAUGUCAAGUCCAAUCACACCAUCUCGUGGAGUCUUCAGCCGCACAAGAAAUCCCUCAACUUCGGCAUCUUCAAGCAUCCCGGCCAUUCCGCUGGCAGUGCCAGCUCCAGCAAUCUGCCCGCCUCCGAAUUCCACAACAGUACCGACUCAAAUGAAAACCUCCCAGCGACCGCCGUCACUGGCUCGCGACACACUGCUUCAAUCUCGGUUACCGAGAAGCUGACGGGGAUUGGGCUCAAGCAGAUCCGAUGGGUCGGCAAGUGUGAGGCGGACAAGAUCGCCCAGGGGACUUACGAUGUCCCCGCUAACGAUGGUGGAAACUACGCCCUCGUUUUUGAUAAUACCUUUUCGAAGCAGAUCUCCAAGACGGUAACCCUGGUACUGCUCACCUACCCGACUGCCGUACCCCCGCAAUCUGGUCUUGCGCCUCCGACGAGCCACACCAUCAACAAACCAGCCCAGGACGGCGAUUCCCCCGAGUCCCUGAGGCCAAUGUCACGGAGACGAGGCAAUAGUAUCAGGGCGCCACCACCACCGCAGGUCGUGGAAACGCCUUCUUCCACCGUUCACAUGGGACUCCUUCACAAGCGGCGGAGAAAGCGACACCAGGGAUGGGCUAGGCGGUUCUUCUCGCUGGAUUUUACCUCAGCCACACUGUCUUACUACCAUGAUAGGAACUCUUCUGCUCUGCGGGGGUCUAUUCCACUGUCUCUAGCAGCCGUCGCAUGCAAUGAAAAGACACGCGAGAUAUCCAUUGAUUCCGGUGCGGAGAUCUGGCAUCUUCGCGCCCACAAUGACCAAGAUUUUGUUGCGUGGAAGCGUGCACUGGAGAAGGCUUCUUCCAAGUCUAAAACAUCUACCGAGGACAUUCAGUCACCAGAUGUAUUACUCCGCGUCCCAUCGCAGCGCCCCGUGUCCAAUGGUGCAGAGGAGCGCGAAUGGACGCAGGUUGAGAAACUUGUUAGCCAGAUAUCUGGAUCGCGGGAUGCAGUGCGCCGUCUCGCCAGAGACACAGACCCCAAGUACCUAAGCAGCAUGCCUGCUGAGCGGCCCCGAGGUCGUUCGCCCAGCCCUCAUGCCAGUCCUGCCGAGACUAAUGGCGACGAAUCUUUUGAGGCACGCGAUAAACGCCCGUUCUGGAAGCGAAAGACAAGUGGUAACUCACAACCACUGGGUACCAAGACCCCCAACGCUGAUUCUCCAGCUACACAGCUGGCAGUACCUAAGCCUGGGUCCGACGCCGUUUCAGUGGCGCGAGACCGUAAGCCCAGCAGCAUCAAGAGCCACCCGGAUCAGGCGGAGGAAAUGCAUGAUCAUUUGAUGGCUCUCCUGCGGGAUCUGGAUAACGUUGUGUCUGAGUUCACCUCGUUGAUUUCCCAGAGCAAGGAACGACGUCACCCACCUGGAGCUACGAUCCAGCCACGACGCAGCAUGGAGUCUGAUAUUUCACAGGAGUUCUUCGAUGCCGUCGACGGUGGCAAUGACUCACUGCUGCUGACUAUGCAUGGGGACAGCGAUGACGAAGGGGCGGACAAUGCUGCCGACGCGGCUGCUCGGCAAGCCGAAGAGGAGGUGGUCGGGGAUGACGUGCCGUCAGACAGCGAAGAUGAGGCCCCCGAGGCACCCCACGACCAAUCGACAUUGUUCCCAUCGAAGCCAAAGUCCCUCAUACCCCUACCAUUGGACAAUGUCAAACGUCGCACAAACAUCUUGGCGCCGACAGUCCUGCCUCCAAGUUUAAUUGGGUUUCUCCGUAAGAACGUUGGCAAGGACCUGUCCCAGAUUUCGAUGCCUGUAUCUGCAAACGAACCACUCUCCUUACUUCAGCGAGCGGCGGAAGUCCUUGAAUACUCUACUCUGUUGGAUAAGGCAGCUAGCUCCAAGGACCCCGUCGAGCGGCUCAUGUACGUGACAGCGUUUGCGCUGGCGCCGCUGUCCAGCAACAGGGUGCGGGAACGAGCCAUCCGCAAGCCUUUCAAUCCCAUGCUGGGUGAGACGUACGAGCUCGUGCGGGAAGACCUUGGUUUCCGUUUCUUGGCUGAAAAGGUGUCACAUCGACCAGUCCAGCUGGCGUACCAGGCAGACAGCAAAGACUGGAGUUUGGCACAAUCUCCCAUGCCGACCCAGAAAUUCUGGGGUAAGUCGGCCGAAAUCGUCACAGAAGGGAAAUUGCGCCUUACCUUGCAUUCCACGGGAGAGCAUUUCAGCUGGUCAGCUGCCACCUCCUUCCUGCGCAACAUUAUUGCUGGCGAGAAGUACGUUGAGCCGGUAGGCGAGAUGGCGGUCGUCAAUGAAUUAAACGGCCAGAAGACAGUGUCGACUUUCAAAGCGGGCGGGAUGUUCUCCGGUCGCAGCGAGGAGGUCAGCACUAAGGCAGUCGAUUCGUAUGGCAAUGAAUUGCCCCUGGGACUCACUGGUACCUGGACAUCUUCACUGCAGUUUACCAACAACGGGUCUUCAACGAGUGCGGCGUGGACGGCUGGACCAUUGGUGCCCAGCGCACCCAAGCAUUAUGGAUUGACGGCAUUUGCUGCAACACUGAAUGAAGUCACCCCAAUUGAGGAAAAGAGGAUGCCCCCAACGGACUCGCGGCUGCGCCCAGAUCAACGGGCGCUCGAGGACGGCGACCUGGACGGAGCGGAAGAGAUCAAGGUGAAACUGGAGGAAGGACAACGGGCACGUCGUCGCGAGUACGAAAGAAGCGGGGAGGCGUGGACACCGCGCUGGUUCUCGCGGGUGGAUGAUGACCAGGCAGGUGGAGGCGAAGGAGAAGUCGCCUGGCGACUGAAGGGUGGCAAGGAAGGAUACUGGGAAGAGCGAUCAAGAGGGAACUGGUCCGGAGUGAUUCCAGUGUUCGAAGCUUAG